UCUGUCGGCGUCAGUUUCCCGAGUAGGUGUGGUGUGCUAAGCCAAUAAUUUUUCAAUGUGCAAUUUUUCGCGGUUUUUUCUAACAUUACUUUCAUAUACAUAUACAUACAAAAGCUAAAACAGAAAAGUAAUUUUAAGAAUAAAUUAAUUACUAAAAUCAACAACUAAUACGAAUAAUUAGUUAUAAACACCACAUAAACAAAAAGGAAAAUGUGAAAAAUACACUACAGAAAUAGAGAAAAAAACUGAUUGCCUUCCUUUUGGUGUUUGUAUUUCGACACGCAUUUUCUACAAUUACUUUUGUCUUUGCGUCCUUUUUCUUUCCACUUCGCUGACACUCAAAACAACAGCACUUGCCACUUGUUGCAUGACCGCACGACGAUAAGCUGACCAUUUAUCUAACAAACCAGUUUUUCUUCAUAAAUUUUCCACCGCUCGCCGCUUCGCUUGGCGCACAUAACCACGCCAUAUACGAACACGCUCGCGAUAAUAAGUGCAAAUUGUGCUUUUGUGUUCGUUUGCAAUUUUCUCUAAACUCAAACGCGCAUUCUUCAUCGCCCGCCCUCCUGUCGGCCCACACCAGCAGAGACCUUGUGCUCAACGAAGUGCCUGUGCUCCCUCUCUGCGUGCACGCUCUGUGGGGUUUGUGUGUGUGCGUGUGGCGUGUGGCGUGUUUUCUUCGACUCGCAUGUAACAUUCGUUCUUCGACUGAGUUAUUGACCCUUCCCAAACGAGAUUUUUCAAAUUCUCUAGCCAUUUUUUUCUUUUUUUUUCUUGUUCGGUUUUGCGCUCUACUCGAAAGUUGCUCCGUCUCGUAGUGCAUAGUAAAAUUUUUGUUAAGUGCGCGUAAUUUUUUUCUAAAACACCUAAGCAUCUAAGUAGUUUCGUGACACUUGAACGUGUUUAUUGACUGUGUUUGAAAUGGAACGCGAUGAUUAUGCUAUGAAUCUCAUCGAGAAAAAUAACCGGCAUGGUGGUGGCGGUGGUGCGGUCAUUGUGCCAGCUGGUGGUAGCAGUGGUCCACAAAGCAGCAGCGGUGGUGUGGCAGCGCCGAGCAGUGUUGCCGUGCCCGUAAGCAUUCUCAAGACACAAUUUUCCCCAGCCCAACCGAAAACACUGCAGCAUUUGCCGAAACGACCGGCAGUGGAUUUGGCUUUCCAUGAGUUGACAUAUCGCGUUAAAGAGGGCAAUCGGAACAAUGCCAAGACUAUACUCAAAGGCGUCAGUGGUCGCUUACGCUCCGGAGAGCUUACAGCUAUUAUGGGACCGUCCGGUGCUGGCAAAAGUACAUUGCUGAAUAUACUCUCCGGCUACAAAACGACAAAUAUCGAAGGUCUCGUCACGAUGAAUGGACGCGAACGUAAUUUGAGCGUUUUCCGGAAAUUAUCCGCUUACAUAAUGCAGGAUAAUCAAUUGUAUGGCAAUCUAACCGUCCAAGAGGCAAUGACUGUCGCAACGAAUUUGAAGUUGAGCGAGAAAUUCGCAAAAGUGGAAAAGAAUUCGAUGAUCGACGACAUCCUGCUCACACUCAGUUUGAGCGAACACCGCAACACGCUGACCCGCAAUCUAUCGGGCGGUCAAAAGAAACGUCUCUCUAUCGCAUUGGAGCUCGUCAGCAACCCACCGAUUAUGUUUUUCGAUGAGCCCACAUCCGGCCUCGACAGCUCAACUUGUUUCCAAUGCAUACAUUUGCUCAAAAUGCUAGCUGCUGGUGGACGCACCAUCAUUUGCACCAUACAUCAGCCGUCCGCACGUCUCUUCGAGAUGUUCGAUCAACUGUACACGCUCGCCGAUGGUCAGUGCGUCUAUCAGGGCAACACAAAACAACUAGUGCCUUUCCUCUCCACACUUGGCUUGGAAUGUCCCAGCUACCAUAAUCCAGCGAGCUAUGUUAUUGAGGUGGCUUGCGGUGAACAUGGUGAUCACACACGUAAAUUGGUGGAUGCAAUCGAUAAUGGCAAGAAGGAUAUACGCACCGUAGCCGAUUAUGAGGGUUUGAAGAUGCGCAACGAUUUGGUGAAAGUACACAAUUUGAAGGCGAUUUUGGAUAAGAAUGCAACGAAUGCGUCUAGCGGUAAAUACGAAGACAAUCUGACGCUCAACAAUGGCAUUCUCAAUAGUAAUUUGGUGAAUGAUAUCGUGAAGAGCUCAAAUGUGUCCGCAGCUGCAGAUAGUGCUGCCGCCACGGGCGCGGUGGUGAGCACGAAUGAGAAGGGUGAUGCCAUGAUUGAUGUAGAAAAGGCGGAUAACUGUACAACGGCUUUGUUGUCGGGGGAAAUUACAUCACCCGAGCGUUAUCCCACAUCACAAUUUCAUCAGUUCUGGGUAGUGCUCAAGCGUACGUUGCUCUUCAGUUAUCGUGAUUGGACUCUUAUGUACUUGCGUUUCUUUGCUCAUCUCCUCGUUGGCUUCCUCAUUGGCGCACUCUACUAUGAUAUCGGCAAUGAUGGUGCCAAGGUGCUGAGUAAUCUGGGUUUCCUCUUCUUCAACAUGUUAUUCUUGAUGUAUACCUCGAUGACCAUAACUAUACUGUCAUUCCCGCUUGAAAUGCCGGUGCUACUCAAAGAGAACUUCAAUCGCUGGUACUCGCUCAAGUCCUAUUAUCUGGCCAUUUCUGUUGCUGAUCUGCCCUUCCAAGCCAUUUUCUGUGUUGUGUACGUGAGCUUAGUUUACUACUUCACUUCGCAGCCAUGGGAGCUCGCCCGUUACGGUAUGUUCUUGAGCGCUUGCCUGUUGAUCGCGUUUGUCGCGCAAUCGGUGGGUCUCGUUAUCGGUGCCGCAAUGAAUGUACAAAAUGGUGUCUUUUUGGCGCCCGUCAUGUCUGUGCCCUUCUUGCUCUUCUCCGGCUUCUUCGUCUCCUUCGAUGCGAUACCCAUCUAUCUGCGCUGGAUCACAUAUCUCUCGUACAUCCGUUACGGUUUCGAGGGCACCGCUUUGGCUACCUACGGCUAUGCACGUGAAAAUUUGAAAUGCUUCCAGAUUUAUUGUCACUUCAAGUCGCCACUCACCACACUGGAGGAAUUGGAUAUGGUCGAUGCCAACUUCACGCUAGACAUUGCGGCGUUGGUCGUGAUCUUUGUUGUGCUGAGAAUUGCCGCGUACCUCUUCUUGCGCUGGAAGCUGAAGACAACGCGAUAAGUUUCAGUCAACAAUGUGAAGUCUUCUUUUCGCUUUUCUAUCUUUCGGCAAAUUUGCUAUGGAUUCUUAUGCUUAAUAUUGGGUCAUAAGUGUUUGAAAUGCAUGACAAAUUUGCUACUCUCGUUUUAAUUGAAUAAGUGAUAAUAUAUAAAUAUGUAUGUAAAUGAAAAGUGAUGUAAUAUUGUUAUUUUUUACAAUUCCAUGACCGUUAGAUAAGUUGAAACUUUCCGAGUUGUGUGGCAAUGGGUUAGAAAACAGUUUGAAAGCACACAUCAGAGAUACAAUUUUUAAACACACACAUGUAUAUAUACUAAUAUACUAUAGAUGGGCAUAUAUAUAUGGAAAGAGAAAUCAAAUUUAGCAUCUUCAAUGCCGCUACGCCAAUUUAUACAAAUACAAAUACAUUUAAAGCGAAUUAAUGAACAAUUUUUUUUAUUUUUAUUAUAAACAUUUAAAAUAUAUCAUUAGCUUAAGCAAUGUAUUUACACUUAGAGAGAAUAAAUAAAUUUACUCUAACGAAAAACGAUUAAAAAGCUGCUAUUUUUUUUUUAGUAAAACAAAUAAAUUACAACUCAGAAUCAAAAUCAGUUGAGAAAAAACAAAAUUUUUUUUCAAAACUUUGUAUUGAAAAAAUAUAUAUACACAUAUAUAUAUAUAUUUAAUAGCUGCCUUUGUAAGCUAAAACAGAGAGAAAUAUGUGAAAAAGAAAUGUGAAUUUGUUAUGUAAUAACUUUUUUAUCGAUGUGCUGCAUAAAUAAUGAAAACAAUUUUUGAAAAAUUUUGGAUGUAAUUUUUUUUUAUAUUUGCUGUAAACAGCACUUUAGAUGACAAAUAAUAAUAAUAAUUAAAAAUUAUACAUUAUGAAAACACAAAAUAUUUACAUAUAUUUAAAUACGUAGAAAAGAAAAACAAAGUUUGGUAGUGGUAAAUAUGUUUCUACAAAAAUAAAGUGAGCUACGAGAUUUGUUUUUAUAAAAAUCUCGGUUGCCAGUUCAUUUACGAAGUAUUCCACUGCGUAUUUUUUUAUAAAUGGUGUUUUUACGGAUACAUAUAUUUGUAUAUUUAAUCAUAAAUAUUAAGCGUAUUUAUAGGAAAUAAAUGAAGCUUUACAAGCAAUUUAAAA